GUUGGGGGAAAAACGCUUGAAAAGAAAAAUUAGUCAAAUAGUCUUUGCUCCCUUUCUCCGAGUAGAAUUGGGGGUUCUGGCCUUCUGGGGCUCACUCAAACACUCGGAGAGAAAAUUCUAUUCUCACCUGGCGGUUAGAUUCAGCAGCGUGACUGGCGAAGCCAAGAAUGAGAGUGAAAGGAGGAGGGAGGAAGAAAAGCUGGGAAGCAAUGCCUGUAGACGACGGGGGUCUGCUUUUUCAAGACACGGACCCAAACGACGCCGCUUUUGCUGUACCUGUAAACCAAGUCACUGAGCCACAGCCGGAAAUUGAGCAGGAGAAAAACCAAAACCACGAGGAGGCUCAGGCCGCGGAGGACGGUGACGGCGAGGGGGAAGAGGGGGAGGGGGAGGAAGGGGAAGAAGAGGCUGAGGCCGAGGAUGAGAAUAAGGAGAGGAGUACUAAGCUUGAUGACGGUUUCUAUGAAAUCGAAGCCAUUCGCCGCAAAAGGGUUCGAAAGGGUCAGCUGCAGUAUCUCAUCAAAUGGCGUGGCUGGCCAGAGACAGCCAAUACAUGGGAACCCUUGGAGAACCUCCAGUCUGUCUCUGAUGUUAUAGAUGCAUUUGAAGAAAGCUUGCGUACUGGAAAGCAACGGAAGCGAAAGCGCAAGUCUGGGACUCCUCAUACUCAACCUAAGAAGAAGCAGCAGCAGCGUUCUACAGACACUACCUACAAUGUGACAGAUGGGGAAAUAAGCAAUGCUGAUAAAGCUUUAUCAUCUAGUGCUCUCAAUGGCUCAGGGGUUGAUGUUCUUCCUCCCCCUCAACAGAUUUUCCAGUCAGUUGGUGAUGGAGAGGAUAAUGGGCGUGUCAACAAUACUGAAACAGCAAAGAAAAUUGAUUCUGAGAACUUUUGUGCAAAUGGUUCCCAACAAAUUAGUGAAAGGAGAGAGGAAAAUGAGUAUGAUCCAAAACUUAGUGAGCUCAAAGCAACAGGAUCUACUAACACUGUCAGUUCAGAUAAACUCUCUGUACAUUUCCAAGAAGCCAAAGCUCCGGAAGUUAAUGGCCCUACAAAUGGUCUUUCCAAGGUUGAUUGUGGAGAACCAGUACAGGGCAGUCGCAGUACUGGAGCUAAGAGAAGGAAGUCUGGUUCUGUGAAGAGGUUUAAACAAGAAGCACAAGUGUCUGAACAGGGUGCUACACAAAAUGCCCCAACUCGAGUUAGCACGAGAUAUGCUGGUAGAGUUGAUCAAACUGGGGUAGAAAAUCUUGAUUAUGCUGGGGAAAAUUCAGGUCGCAAGAAUAAGAUUGAUGAAUGCAAAGAAGCAGUGCGCAUCACCAAGAUUCUCAAGCCAAUGGGCUAUUCAACUUCGAUAUCAAACAAUGUCCAGGACGUGUCCGUUACCUUUAUGGCCAUGAGGUCUGAUGGCACAGAAGUGAUAGUGGAUAACAAAUUUCUCAAGGUCAAUCAUCCACUUCUGCUGAUUAAUUUCUAUGAGCAACAUCUCCGGUACAGUCCUGCUGUGUAAUUCAAGGUGUAAAUGGAGAGCGCAACCUUAGCUUAGCUAGAUCUUUAUCAUCUUUAUUGUCAGCUGCACAGUGUUGGAAUCUUGUAGUUGCAGGAGAGUGCAUAACUGACGUAGAUGGUGAACCAAGUUAUAUACCAGUAGCUAAUCACCUUUCAUUUCUCUUUUGCGUCUAUUUACCUCAGAAUUUACCGGGUCAUCUGGAUAGAUAAUAUGGAGAUAAGUAAGAGAUGGCACAUCUCUUUUUGUCUACGUAUAUGUUAAUGUAUUGAAUCUUUAACAUGAAAUGAACACAUCUUUCAUUUGCUCAGAAAAUCACUUCACUAAGGGAUUUUUUCUUUGGGUCA